AUGUGACCUCCCCGCCUAUUUCUACACGAAAAUGAUUGACAGGCUGCCGUUCCAAUCAGUAAACGAGUCUUUUGUUGUUACCCUGGCACCAGCCAAUAGCGUAUGAGGGUGGGCGGGACGGCGGCAGACUGGCCGUUCCCCGGUCCGGGGCCUCAUUUAGAGAAUGGCCGCGGCGACCUGCGGCUCUCCCGGUGUAACAGGCCCCGGAGGCCGCUCCGUAGAGUUACCCCAUGGCCACGUAUCACAGAGAAGGAAGCGGGGAAGCGACUCCCGACGCCGACAGGCCGCCCUCUUCUUCCUCAAUAACAUCUCCCUGGACGGCCGUCCCUUGUGUCCCCCUCCGCUGCCGAGCUGUGAGCAUGACCCGUCCCGGGAAGUUCUGGAGCCGCCCUCGGCAUCACAGACACCGCUCACCCCAUCCCCACGGCUCCUACCCACUAACGGCCCCCGAAUUGUUCUCUCUCGGGACACUCCUCUGCCGGAGGGGAAGAUCGGCUUCUGUACCCCGGUCUCAGCGGUCCGUCCCGUGCCCUCCUCCCUGGGUCACUUCCAGGGCACCGCGGGCCCCAGCGUGGAGAAACAGAGGCGACGUCACCUGUCUCAGCGCUGCUCUCUAGAGUUCCUAGAGGAAAUUGCAGAAUUUACACCACUUCAGAGGUCCAAGCAGGUCCCUGAGUCCCCCCGACAGUCCGUCCUGAAGAAGACACACUUCAUCAAAAGUAUGAGACAGUAUGACACCCGCAACAGCAGAAUUGUCCUAAUCUGCGCCAAGAGAUCGCUGUGCGCUGCCUUCUCCAUUCUGCCGUAUGGGGAGAGUCUGAGGAUCAGUGACCUGCGAGUGGAAGGGACAAAGCAGCGGCACCCAUCCGGGGGUGCCAUCUCCACCACAGAGCCGGCAUUUGUAAUUGAAGGUGUGGAGCUGGGGGCUGAAGGGGAGGUCGUUUCUUAUGCAAAGUUUUUAUAUCCAACCAACGCCCUUGUUAGCCAAAAAGAAGAUGGCCAGCCACCACAGGUCAGGUUGGGUCCCCAUGAUGCUUCCAAACGGACCUUCUCCAGCGCCAGGUUUACUCCAGUGUCUGCAGGAGGUGAACAUGGCACCGAAUCUGAUACUGUUGAAUAUAAUCCCAAUAUCCUGGAUGAUCCUCAGUGGCCCUGCGGAAAACACAAGCGUGUUCUCAUCUUUGCUUCCUAUAUGACAACAGUUAUUGAAUAUGUGAAACCAGGUGACUUGAAGAAAGACAUGAAUGAGAUGUUUAAGGAGAAGUUUCCUCAUGUAAAGCUGACUCUAAGCAAGAUCAGAAGCUUGAAGCGUGAGAUGAGGAAUGUGGCGAAGGAGUGUAACAUGGAGCCUGUCACAGUGGCCAUGUCCUACGUUUAUUUUGAGAAGCUGGUCAUGCAAGGGAAGGUGAACAAGCAGAACCGCAAACUGUGUGCUGGAGCCAGCGUGCUUCUAGCUGCCAAAAUUAGCAGCGACUUUAAGAAGCCUGAGCUGAAGCAUCUUCUAGAUAAGUUAGAAGAGCGCUUCCGAUCUAACAGAAGGGACCUGGUUCUAUUUGAGCUGACUGUGCUGGUGGCCAUGGAGCUGGCACUCUACCUCCCCGAGGCCCAAGUAUUACCUCAUUAUCGGCGCUUGACCAAGCAGCAGUAGAUGAGAUCCAGGCAGAGGUGCCGCACUCCAGGGAGUUGGCAGCAAGCUCCUCCCCUCCAGUGUCAACAUCUAUGGAGCUCAGCGUCCGUAUGCCCCGCAGUAGAGCAGUAUGUUACUUAACAAUUAACCAAAAGCACAGCGUAGUGAGAGUAGUUGGCUACUAGGGCAGAGGGGCCGGAUCUGCUACAUAUGUCUGAUCUUCACCCAGUCUCACAUUGUAAAACUGCUCUUCCCUUUUAGCAGUCUAGAUUGGUUUUUUUUUUUCUUUAUUUAAUUCUGAAUAUUCAGAGCUAUCUUUUGUAUCUGACUGUAUGAGAAUAAUAGGAUUAGUUUCCUAUACACAAGAUGUUGUGUGUGUGACACCCCAAAAGGACAAAGGAGAAGAUUGAGUGUCAGUAAAG